AAAGGGAGAAGGUAUAGCAAGCUGCAGAAAUGGACCUGAAGAAGAAAAAGAAAUCUGAAGAAAGGACUGUAACAAAGAGCACAGCCGAUUUACUGAGGAAGCAACCAAGACCAAGACCAGCCUACUGUACUCUCAACUCAGCCAUUAAUUUGGAGAGUGAGAAGGAGAAUGAUUUUGUUGUCCAAACAGGCCCACACAGUGCCUUGGCCAACAUCCAUCAUCAACAUCAAUCCAUCUCUCAGGAACAGUCAAACAAGGUAUCAGCAAGUGGUGGAACUGUGACAGUAGAGGGAGUGCAAGAUCACAGUAAAGAAGGAAGAGCUUAAUCAAUGUCAAUGUGAGAUGGCAGAACACUUGCAACAGAGGAACAGUAACAAAUUCUGGAAGCAGAGGAGGAGGAGAAUGAGAGGCAGAGGAGAGCAAGAAGCAGACAUUAGAAUGUAGGCAAGAGACUCUAAGUCAUCACAACAAGCCUGUUCCUUUAUUUCUGCCCAGAC